AUGGCGAAUCCAUACCACAUUCCAAGUGUCUACCGCCAGCUUCUGAACCCCGUCAAGAUACUUGUUCGCUUGCUGGACUUUCUCUUCUCGUUCCUUCGAUCUGCCCCUGAAGCCUUACGCAAGGUGAAGGUGGUUUGUAUCUCUGAUACCCAUACCCUCAUCCCUGAUGAUGUUCCAGAUGGCGACAUUCUCAUCCAUGCUGGGGACCUAACAAAUGCCGGAACUCCAAACGAGAUUCAAGCUCAAAUUGACUGGCUCUGCAGCCUGCCCCAUCAAUACAAGAUCGCCAUUGCAGGCAACCACGACACUUGGCUCGAUCCCAAGAGCCGGGAGACACUAUCCCCUUCUGACCAAAAUGGCCACGUUGACUGGAAAGACAUUCAUUACCUGCAAGACAGCUCCGUUCUCCUCGAUCUGACAUCCACGGGCCGCGGCAGGCUGAGAGUCUUUGGAGGUCCUCAUGUCCCCCUUGUCGGCGGUCCCGAGCAUGCUUUCCAGCAUCCAAUCGAGGAAGAUGUGUGGACAGGCAAAAUCCCACCAGAUGUAGAUAUCGUAGUCACACACUCGCCACCGAAAUUUCAUCUCGAUUUGCCCGGAGUCAAGGCCAUGGGAAACCCAUUCCUACUACGAGAAAUCAGGCGGACGAAGCCCGUACUACAGGUCUUCGGUCACAUCCAUGCCGGUAAAAGCGAUCUGUUGGGCUUGAUAAAGGGCGGGAGAGAGGUCGUGUGGUGGGAUGAAGGAGAGAGGUGUUUCGCUGAGAUUAUGAACGGGGCUUCUGCAGAAGGUCUGCUUGGCCUGAUAUUUGGUCUUCUGGAUCUUGGAGCCUGGUUCCGAUUGUUAGCUUUCGUGAUAUACGGAUCCUUGGCCGUUGCUCAGGACCGCGUGUUGGGUCAAAGGCCUGCCAGUACAUUCAUGGUAAAUGCAGCAUUGAUGUACUGCGAUACGGGAAAGAUAAGAAACAGACCGCAGGUGGUGGAGAUUUAG